AUGGAAUUCCCGUUAGUGACUAAUCGGAUUGAUGACACACACGAUAUUGAUGCCAUUCAGCAGGCACUCAUUGAACCAGAAGAUCAGCACCAACGCCAACAAAAACUUAUCGAAGGGCAAACUGAUGCGAGCAGGUCGCAAUGUGGAACAGUUUCAAGUCGCGCUUAUGCAAAUAGCACCGACACGGAAGAGACAAAUCACCAGAUCAAGUCAAAUCAUCAGCUACUAAUUGAGUUGUAUGAUUUGGAUUUACACGUGAACGAAGGUGAAUGGUGCGAAACAGCUCGGUGGAUCAAAUAUGAAGAAGAUGUGGAGGGCGUCGGUCAUCAUUGGGGUCAACCACAUGUUGCAUUUCUAUCGUUCCAUUCGUUGCUCCUGUUGAGGAGGUGUUUUUUGAAAGGAAUUUUAUUGCUUGAUACGGACGCGAAUUGUUUUGCUGAGAUAUGCGACCAAAUCGGUUGUGCAAUGAUAACACAAGGCAUUCAAAGUGGUUACAUAAAGAAUGCGUUACGAGUGCUACAAUUAAAGCACCUGCGUCCGCAUCAUUCAACUAAUUUAUCGCGAAUCUCAACAGCCGCAAAUGCGAUUUUCGAACGACAUUCGAACGCAGUUAAGCAGCACCUUACGUCGUCGUUAUCGGCCACACCAAUCUUCGAGAACUAUUGGCGCUCAAAGAAGGGCGCUGCAUCCACUGUUCAUGCAAGCUCUCGCGACAUUCAUUCUUCACUCCAUUUGGAUGAGGAUAUCGAUGAGCAUGAAGUGAUAACAGAAGGAGAAGAACACGAUUAUGUGGGGAAUCAACGAACAAACAAUGCCGUCGAGAAGCCUCUUUUGAAGCAAUCAAGGUUUGAGCCUGAAAUUGAUCGAAAUCCCAUCGCAAUUCACCUUUUCAAACCGAAAUCAUGGGUUAAACUUCUCUCAACCGAUAGAUCAUAUUCAGAUGGAAGAAGUUCACUGCCUCGUAAAGCAGCAAUAAUUGAUGACUUAGAAAGCGCACAGGUAUUUGCUGGUAUCGUUCCCCAACUGGAUCGUCCGUGUUUCGUAAUGAUUCGUUUACGCAAUGCAGUUGCAAUGCCGGAUUUGAAUACAGCAGCCACUUUAGUACGUUUUAUUUUUGUGAUCCUAGGACCAUCAAUAUCGGACGUCAGCUACUAUGAAAUGGGUAGAUCGAUCUCAACUCUGAUUGCCGACAAAGGGAUCGACGAAUUUCUAAAUGAUUCCGUGGUGAUACCACCUGGCGAAGUGGAUAAUAAACGAUUGUUGUCUGGAGAUGAAAUCAAAAAAGCGUUGAGGAAACGAAUUAAACGAAAAAAUAUGGAAAAUGAACUUGUGGCAGCUCAGAAAGAACAGUUUACUCCAAAGAACGGUUAUGGCCAAAUAAGGACGAAAAAUGACGGUAGUUCAGGCAGCAAAUUGCCCUUCUUCAGUGGUAUGGUGAACGACGUUUCGAAACGACUACCUUAUUACUGGUCAGAUUUCCGCGAUGCCUUUCAAUUUCAGUGCCUCACCAGCAUUGUGUUCAUGUUUUUGGCCAGCUUUGCUCCAGCUAUCACGUUCGGUGGUCUUUUGGGGAAAUACACGAACGAGAAAAUGGGUACAAUGGAAACAUUACUUGCUCAAAGCAUAUGCGGGAUAAUAUGGGGUCUGUUUGCUGCUCAGCCAUUGCUCAUAAUGAGUGCCACAGGACCUGUUCUCAUUUUUGAAGCUAGUUUAUAUAAAUUUUGUGUCGGCCUUUCAGUUGAUUUUAUGACCGUUCGACUGUAUGCUGGAAUGUGGUUAAUGGUGAUCGCACUCGUCGUGGUCGCGUUGGACGGGUCUCGAUUACUUGUUUAUGUGACUCGUUUCACUGAGGAGAUAUUCGCAUCACUCAUUUCAGCGAUAUUCAUCGCUGAAAGUCUUCAUUUUGCUUAUCAGAAUAUGGAAAGAAUAUUCGCCUCUAUAAGUCAUAUAAGUCGUUUAAUUUUACAGACAUUUGUCGAGAAUCCAGUUGAGGAUUACAAGUAUUAUUAUAAUACGCAUGCGCUUUGCGACGAUAAUCGGUCAUUGUUGUUGAUGGAGACCAAUAGUACUAUAAAUAAUUAUUCGAUGCAGAGUCUGACAUCAUCAGAUGUGAAUAUUCCAAGAAGAUCAUGCAAUGAUGCUGAACCAAAUACAGCACUUCUAACUGCUAUUAUACUGUUUUCAACAUUCAUUCUUGCCUACGCAUUUCGACGACUUCGACAAAGCUUCUAUUUGGGUCGAACGCUUCGACACGCAAUCGGUGAUUUUGGUGUGUUAAUCGCUAUCGUAACGGUCACAUCAUUCGCACACAUUCUCACCCCACAUCCGUAUUUAGCGCGACUCGAUAUGCCGGAUCACAUUAAUUUUACGAAUCUAUACGCUCGAGGGCAUGGCUUACUCAUUUCUGCAUACGUACCUCCAACGCAGUGGUGGGCCAUAUUGAUGGCACUUGUCGCAGCUAUGCUUGUUUUUAUUCUAUUAUUUGUGGAAACCGAAAUAACUGAAUUACUUCUUUCACGUCGCGAUCGUGGUCUUAUGAAGGGAAAUGGUAUGCACUGGGAUUUGAUCCUGGUGGCCAUUUGCACGUUAAUUUGCAGUCUCUUCGGCUUGCCGUGGAUGUGUGCUGCAACUGUACAGUCAUUGGCUCAUUGUGGCUCACUGACAGUCAUGAAAAAAGCAGCACCUGGUGAACGAGCAGAAGUGGAUCAUGUAAUCGAACAACGUUUAACAACGAUUGGUGUAUCCGUAUUGGUCGGUCUUAUAACAUUAGCCGGAUCAUAUCUUCGAUUACCAUUAGCUGCACUCUUUGGAGUGUUUUUGUAUUUGGGUGUUAUGAAUCUGUCCGGUAUGCAACUCAUCCAACGAAUCGUUCUGCUUUUCAUUCCAUCAAAAUAUUUUCCGGAUACGUCCUACACACAAAUGGUGGGUGUUAGUCGAAUGCAUUUGUAUACGGCAAUACAAGUCGGUUGUCUAAUUAUUGUUUAUACUGUAAAGUAUUUCAAACAAACUGCACUAGCAUUUCCAUUCGUUUUGAUGCUCUUCAUUCUAUUCCGACAAUGCGUUUUAACGAAAACGUUCACUGAAGUUGAACUGAAGGCGCUGGAUGGCGAAGAAGAGCCAGAAGAUGACGAAUGGAUAGAAAAAGAUUUUUAUGAUACUGCACCCAUGCCAGUCUAA